AUGCCUCGACCUGACUCUGAGUUUAGCUCUAUACUGACUUCAUCCCACAGCGAAGGCAAUGUUCUUCAGCCGAAUCAGGAGGUGCAAGCUCUCGAAGACAAGCGUGUUCUUGAGACCGCGGGAAAGAUUAUUGAGCGAUUUCCAGGACGCCCAGGUCAUGGUACCAAGGGUAUCUCGAUCGUGCUCCGUGCCAAUUACCUGCACUUGAAGACUGCUUACGAGACGGGUAAGCAGGAAGUGCCUCUCUUNCGCUACGCGGUCGGCACAGUCGGCGGCGAGAAGCUCAGCAAACCAAAGAUGCGUCUUCUCGUUACCAACCUUAUCAGAGACCCUCUCUUUGCUGGUCGCCAGGUCGCGACAGACUACGCCAGCAUUAUCGUAACCACCGAGAAGCUUGACCUUGGCCCUGCCGAUCGCAAACAAGGCAAGAUCGAAGUUAUUGAUCCUGCCCUACCCGCUUUCCAAGGUCCAGACAAUGCACAAGCCCAGGAAGCCAAGACUCGUCGCACCAAGGGUUACGAAUUAUUCAAGACAGGAGAGUUUAGUCUGGCUGAUCUUGUCCGCGCCCUGCAAGCUGUACAGGCAGGCGCCUGGUUUGGAGGGCAAGGCGAUCUAGUACAACUACUAAACAUCAUCAUUGGUAAGCAUGCUAACGACACCGCCAACGUUUACUCCCUUGGUCAGAACAAGUACUAUCCAGGGGUUGGUUCGCCAUUGAUGGAGCAGGUCGACAUUACUGGUGGUCUUCAGGCACUUCGCGGAUACUAUGCUAGUGUUCGCACUUCGUCGAACAGAAUCUUGGUCAACCUCAACGUAGCGAGCGCAGCCUUCUACAAGCCUGGACCACUCAUGGACCUGGUUUCCGAGUAUGUCGGCGGCUACCUUGGUCAAGUUCUGAGAGCGCAAGACCUGGUAAGGGCUGAAGCCUUCAUUCGUAUGCUUCGGGUGAAGACAGACUAUCUCAAGGCCCUUGACAAGAACGGUAAGCCCAAGAAAGAUGCUCAGGGGCGCCCUCAGACAGUGCCUGGUCUCAAGAGUGUUGUCGGCCUGGCUCCGCGUCCCAGGAAUGGUGAUGCCAGGACUGUCACUUUUCCUUGGACGGAUCCAAAGAACCCGCAAGCUGCGGCUCGUAGCAUCUCUGUGUUCGAUUACUUCAAGAAUCAACACGGUAUCGCCCUUCAGCACCCAGAGCUGCCUGUUCUCAAUGUAGGCACCAGAAGCGAUCCCUCAUAUCUGCCAAUCGAGCUGGCGACAGUGCUACCCGGUCAGCCUGUCAGACGCUUGCUUUCGGGAAGUCAGACCGAGCAUAUGCUUCGAUUCGCUGCUAGAGCNCCCCGUCUCAACGCAGAGUCUAUUGCAGGCACGCCAGGUAACGGACUCAGGACCAUAGGUUUCAAUGGACCCGCACAGGUUGUGAACAACUUCGGGAUUGACAUCGGCAAAGAACUUAUCACUGUUCCUGGUCGCAUAUUGCCGACGCCUAAAGUCUAUUAUGGAAACAAGGAGUUGCAAGCCAAGGAGGGGUCUUGGAACUUAAUGAACGUCAAGUUCUCUAAACCUGGUUCAUUUGGCAAUUGGGCUUGUGUCGUCAUCAACUACAACGACCAAAGAGGUAACGCAUUGCUUCCCAAGGGCGCUCAGAUGCAAGGCAUGGACGUCAGUGACGAGAACGGUAUCUUGGCGGCUCUUGAGCGCCAUCUGGGAGCAUAUGGAGUUCGUAUGGGCUCACGUCUCCAAACUCAAAACAUCAACAUCCCUCGUCCCAACGAACAAAGUCGCGAGGCCAUUGACAAGAAGAUCAAAGAGGUUUUCUUUAAUGCUGCAUCGCACAAGAUUGAACUCCUCUUCGUCAUCCUCAAAGAAGCUGACAAGUGGCUCUACAGCCGCAUCAAGUUCUGGGGUGACAUCAAGUGCGGUGUGCAGAGUGUUUGUUCAGUCGGUUCCAAGAUCCAGAAGCCUAAGGGGCAAGACAUGUAUCUUGGCAACCUUGCUUUGAAGUUCAACAUCAAAGGUGGCGGUGUUGUUCAUACUCAACGCGAUAUGUACCCUCUUGGCAACAACGACUGCAUGCUUGUUGGCAUUGAUGUGACGCAUCCUUCUCCGGGUUCUCAAGAGUCCGCUCCCAGCAUCGCUGGUGUCGUGGCUAGCGUAGACGAACAACUGUCUCAAUGGCCAGGCUCAUUGCGCAGUCAGAGAGGAAAGGAGGAAAUGGUCCAAGGGCUCACAGAGAUGAUGAUCGAGCGCCUAGAGCUUUGGCGCAAGCACAACAAGAAGCUUCCUACUAAGAUCAUCAUCUUCCGCGACGGUGUCUCUGAGGGACAAUAUAACCUUGUCUUGGAUCAUGAACUUCCGCCCAUCCAGAAGGCUUUUGAGAAGCUCUAUGGGUCUCAGGCGCCGCGUCUCACGAUCCUGAUCGUCGGAAAGAGGCAUCAUACUCGAUUCUAUCCUACAGACAGCAGAUCAAUGGAUCAGAAAUCCGGUAACCCCAUGCCAGGAACUGUGGUCGAUCGCGGUGUUACUUCUCACUACCUCUGGAACUUCUUCCUUCAAGCGCACAAGGGCUUGCAAGGCACUGCCAGACCUGCUCACUACGUCGUCAUCAAGGACGAACUGAACUUUGGCCAGAACGAGCUCGAAGCGUUCGUCCACAAAUUAUGCUACAACUUCAAUCGCGCCACCAAGGCUGUCUCCAUAUGCCCACCCGCAUAUUACGCCGAUCUCCUGUGUGAGAGAGGUCGCAUGUACCUCUACUCAACCUUGAACGAAAACCAGAGCGUGAAUGGUGCGGCAUACAACGCUCAGACAGCUGAUUGGACUGAGGGUGUUCAUGAUAAGCUGACCGAGAAGACCUUCUACAUUUGA